GGAUGGCUGUUUACUCUCGCGGCAGCCUCCACUUGUUCGUCGUCGUCCCCAACGUCCAAAGGCCAGCAAAGCCGGGCCAAACCUUUCUCUCUGUGUAUACCUUUCGAUUGUUUUAACGUAAAUCCAUUUGAUUGUUUUAACGUAAUCUCCGUGUCCCAACGACCAGGAUCCAACAAUGGCUUCUCAGUCCAGCAGCAGUUCCGAUGGCUUCCUGCUCCAGCCGAAGGGUUUCUCGACCAAAGCUAUCCACGUGGGUCAAGAUGCGGAACAGUGGAACAGCAGGGCGGUCGUACCACCGAUAAGCAUGAGUACCACCUUUAAACAGUCGGGUCCGGCACAACAUGCUGGCUUCGAGUAUGGUCGUAGCGGUAAUCCGACCCGGGACGUGCUCGAACGCUGCCUCGCCUCCCUCGACAAUGGGAAGUUCGGACUCACGUUCGCUUCCGGUCUGGGCGCGACGACGACCGUCAUCACGAUGCUGAAGAGCGGCGAUCACGUGGUGGCCGGUGAUGAUCUGUACGGGGGCACUAAUCGGUUGCUACGCAACGUUGCGAUGAAGAUGGGCAUCGAGAUCGAUUUCAUUGAUCUCACCAAUCUGGAGCAGGUCGAGCAAGCGAUCAAACCCAACACCAAACUGUUCUGGAUGGAAACACCGACCAACCCUUUGCUGAAGGUCAUCGACAUCAAGGCCGUAUCCGAGAUUGCACACAAACGUCCCGGGAUCGUCGUCGUGGUGGACAACACGUUCCUGUCGGCCUAUCUGCAGCGUCCCCUGGAUCUUGGGGCAGAUGUGGUAAUGUACUCGCUGACCAAGUACAUGAACGGUCACUCCGAUGUCAUUAUGGGUGCCAUGGUUACGAGCGACGAGCAGAUCUACGAGCGUCUGAAGUUUUUGCAAAAUGCGACCGGAAUCGUGCCAUCACCAUUCGAUUGCUACCUGGUGAAUCGCAGCCUGAAAACGCUUGCUCUGCGUAUGGAGCGCCACAAGAGUAAUUCACUAGCGAUCGCUCAGUUCCUCGAGGGACACCCGAAGGUUGAGCGUGUUCUCCAUCCCGGAUUACCGUCGCAUCCGCAGCACGAGCUUGCCAAGCGCCAAACGUACGGUCACAGCGGCAUCAUGUCGUUCUACAUUCGCGGUGGGCUGGAGGAGGCCUCCGUUUUCCUGAAGGCGCUGCACGUGUUCACGCUGGCCGAGAGUCUGGGCGGGUACGAGAGCUUGGCCGAACUGCCUUCAGUCAUGACGCACGCUUCGGUACCGCUCGAGCAGCGUGUCACUCUCGGUAUUACCGAUGCUUUGGUCCGGUUGUCCGUUGGUCUGGAGGACUCUGAUGAUCUGAUUGGCGAUCUGAAGCAGGCGCUGGAGAAGGUAUAACCAUGUGUCCACGCGCGAUCCUUCUAGUACUCAUGAAGCGAUCAUUUUUUUAACAUCACGACAAAAAUCAGGAAUCUAUUAAAACAAGUACCACAGUUUUUGAAACCA